CUGGUCUGGAGCCCAGGCUGGUGAAGCGAUCCCCGAGCUCAUCGAUGUUAAUGCCGACUGUGCUAAUCAGCUUCAUGGCUGCAAAUCACAGCCCCUGAGUGUGGGGGACACCGGGAGACCCCGGGAUUGGUGCUGGACAUGGGGGGUCACCGCCUGCACUGAGCGGAGCUCUGGAGUCAGGAGACAUUUGGGAGUGAGAGAAGUUCCCCGUCUGAGGUGCACGAAAUCUCCGCGCUUGUGACCUAUUCCUCGGCUGCUCCUUAGAAGAUUUUAGGAUGUUGCCAUCAGUGAUUUUAGACUUCCCAACCUGACUGUUCCUGUAAGGCACUGAAGUACCGUCCGAUGUGAACCAUGUUGUGUCCGUGCCGCAACAAGGCCAAGCUGCUGGUUGCUACCUUGUUCCUGCUGUCUGUCGUCACCUGGUUGUAUCUGUCCGUGGGCGACACAGGAUAUGGACUGUCUCCAGGGGCCUCGGAUCCACAGCUUCCCCCUCGGGCACCUUCCAUGCAAGAUCUGGAGAUAAAACUCCAAGAAGCUGAGGAGGAGAACCGGAGGCUGCGGCUUCAGUUAGGAGAACUCCGCAGCGAGGAGCACGAGGGAGACAACAGUAGUCGGUGUUCACAGAGGAGUCUGACUGAGAAAUGUGAGCUCAUUCAUGUGGCCAUUGUUUGUGCCGGACAUAACAGUAGCAGAGAUGUGGUGACUUUGGUGAAGUCCAUUCUAUUUCACAGGAGGAACCCUCUUCAUUUCCAUUUGAUCACAGAUUCUGUUGCCCAACGCAUUUUAGGCAACUUAUUCAAAACUUGGAUGGUCCCGUCCCUGCAGAUCAGCUUCUAUAAUGCCAGUGAUCUCAAGCCGGAAGUUUCAUGGAUCCCAAACAAACAUUACUCUGGAAUUUACGGCCUGAUGAAGCUCACACUGACUAAAGCUUUACCCUCUGACCUGUCAAAGGUCAUAGUCCUGGACACUGACAUAACCUUUGCCACAGACAUAGCCGAGCUUUGGGCAAUAUUUAGGAAGUUCACAGGUGAGCAAGUUCUGGGCCUGGUGGAGAAUCAGAGUGACUGGUACCUGGGGAACCUGUGGAAGAACCAUAAGCCUUGGCCAGCGUUAGGUCGUGGAUUCAAUACAGGGGUCAUCCUACUCCUUCUGGACAAACUGCGUCAGAUCGGCUGGGAGGAGACGUGGCGGCUUACGGCGGAGCGGGAGCUGAUGAAUAUGUUGAGCACUUCCCUUGCUGAUCAGGAUAUAUUUAACGCGGUUAUAAAGAGCUCCCCGUCUCUGGUGUACGAGCUCCCCUGUUACUGGAACGUGCAGCUGUCGGAUCACACGCGCUCUGAGCAGUGUUACAGUGAACUAGCUGAUCUGAAGGUGAUUCACUGGAAUUCCCCUCAUAAACUCCGCGUCAAGAACAAACACGUAGAAUUGUUCCGGACCCUGUAUCUCACAUUUCUAGAAUAUGACGGCAGCCUCCUGCGCAGAGAGCUGAUCGGCUGCCCGAGUGACAAGGAGCAGGAGGAGGCCCUGGAUCAGCUGGACGAAGAAGAUGUUUGCUACGACUUCCGCAGAGAGCGCCUGGCGUCCCACCGGGUUCACCUUUCCUUUCUCCCACACCAAACGCUACCAGAGGAUCCAACCGACGUGACGCUGGUGGCCCAGUUAUCUAUGGACAGGCUGCAGAUGCUGGAGUUGAUCUGCAGACACUGGGAAGGGCCCGUUAGCCUGGCAUUGUACCUGUCGGACGCAGAGGCACAGCAGUUCUUACGUUACGCCCAAGCCUCUGAGGUUCUGCAGUCCCGGACCAACAUUGGCUACCACGUAGUCUAUAAGGAAGGGCAGCUGUACCCGGUGAAUCUUCUACGAAACGUGGCGCUGAGGAAUGCGCAGACGCCGUACGUCUUCUUGUCGGACAUAGACUUCCUGCCCAUGUAUGGACUAUAUGAAAGCCUGAGGAAAUCCAUACAACAGGAAAACAUGGCCAACACUCAGAAAGCUCUCAUAGUACCAGCCUUCGAAACCCUCCGUUAUCGCCUGUCCUUCCCCAAAUCCAAAGCAGAGCUGCUCUCCAUGCUGGAUAUGGGGGCACUCUACACUUUCCGAUACCACGUGUGGGAGAAGGGACACGCACCAACUAACUAUGCCAAGUGGAGAAUAGCAACUACUUCAUACCGCGUUGAUUGGGCGCCAAACUUUGAACCCUACGUGGUUGUCCGAAGAGACUGUCCCGAAUACGACCAGCGAUUCCUGGGCUUUGGCUGGAACAAAGUGUCUCAUAUCAUGGAGCUGGAUGCCAAGGGCUAUGAACUGGUUGUGCUUCCCAACGCAUUCAUUAUCCACAUGCCUCACGCCCCCAGCUUUGACAUCUCCAAGUUCCGUUCUAGUGAAAACUACCGCCUGUGCGUGCAGACGCUUAAAGAAGAGUUUCACCAGGACUUGUCCCGGAGAUACGGCUCUGCCGCUCUAAAGUAUAUCGCGGCUGAGAGGAAUCGGUGACAGGUCGCCCUGGAAGCAUCUCACCUUGUAUUGAACUCCAAGAUGGAGGGCGUCACGUCUCGAGCCCUAUGGGGAGGGUUUAGUUGAGUGUAUUCUUUCACUCUGUGCCUGUAACUAAUAUUGGGCUCCACUGCCUUAUCGAAGAGGUAACCUGCGUUUUCGUAGGGAUCAAUGUGCCUCUUUACAGACAAGCUGAAUCAGCAGAACUUUGACUUUUUUUUUUUUGGAGGCAUCUGAAGACAAUCACCACCGAUGGGAAAUAGAUGCCGAAAAUGUAGUCCUGAUCACUGGAUUCUCUGACCACUGCUCCCACUUGGAUUUUUACAAUACAUAUAUAUAUAUAUUUUAUUUAUUUAUAACUGACAGCCAUUCUGUAGGUAGCGCGGCUGGGACAGGAUUCCUGCCUGAUACUUGAUUACAUUUUUUUUUUGUAAAGAAAAUCCUAUGCCAAUAAAAUUCUGUACAAUUUCUUAAUUUACCCCCAU